GAAAUCGAAUACUGGAAUUUCGAAUUUCAUGAAGGAGAAACAAUUCGGUAACGACUACGGGAAACUGGAAUCGUAUUAUUUUGAUCGACUAAUUGAAGCUAUUCAAUCAGUUCAACCAGAAGGAUACGCGAUUACACCAGUUGUUUCGCAUGAAGUAUUUCAGAAUGGUUAUCGUGUAAGUGAAUCCUUUUACCUUUUUAAAAUGAAACACCCCUCGCAAAUAAGUAGUAUCUGUAGAGUGUCGCCCGCAUCGGUCGAGCAAGUAUUUAUGCGAAUAGUUUUAUGUGUAUAUCUGUUCACAUUGGCUGCAUUAGCUGAACCAGACAUGUUAAAUUUGGUGGGUCCAUGUGAUGCAGGUGAACUUAGUAUUCGUUCAUGUUUCCUAAACUCAGGUUCCCAACAUCAGGGUUAGUUUCUCCUCUAGUCAUAGGCAGUAUUCUCCAGUGUCUUGUUUCCUGGUGACCACUGCCGCAUACGUCGUCAAAGUUAAUUCAGAAAAGCUUCAAAUUUCUUUCUCUACAUGGAAUAGUGUAUAGUUUAUGCAUUCAAGACUUUGAUUAAUGCAUAUUAUAUUGCAAUGUAUACUCAGAAGAAAGAUAACAACAGUCCCUGUAUGGUGACAUUCAACAGUCGAUUCCAAGAAAAGCGUUAUGAAGUAAACUCAAAAGUACAAUGUUCAUUUUUCUGUGAGUGAGGUCUACGUAACUGUGGUCUGUCGUC